AAGUAAUACAAAACUAUAAAUUUACUUAUCAUCUUGAAAAUUACAACGCAAUGUGUAAGUGCUGAAGUGUUUUCUUUGGAAAAGUAAUGCACUUUAAAUUUUUCGUUAUUGGUGUUUUUUUCUGCCAAUUAUUACAAGUAACAUUUUCAAUCCCAUUCGACGAAUUAUGGCAACUCCAAACCCAAAUCGAAGUCGAUAUAUUCCAAAUGAAAAGCGACCUUUACAAAGAACUAAACAAAUUGGAAUAUUUGAUAGGACACUUGAAUUAUAAAAUCAGCGACGAAACUGAAACGCUUCAAGGCUUGAUCGGAAAUAAAAAUUUUGAAGCUAUAUACAAACAUGAAUCCAUAGACUAUUGCAAAAGAAAAGUUGAAUGGGAUUUAAUCCAUUUGGAUAGAUGCAAUAUGCGUUCUUGUAAAGCUCCGCCAGAUUAUUCCCAAAAACUAUUCGUCGAAGCCAAAAUAUUUGUAGAGUCCAUAGCCAAAAAGAGAAUGAUGUGCCUCAGACAACACUAUCUAGGUUCAGACGUUACCACUUGCUUCGAAUGUGUAAUCACAGAAACAAACAACAAAAAAACAUUAAUUUUUGGAAAAUUGAACAAACUAAAAAAAGAUGCCUCAAGAGGAAGCCUACUAUGCCUUCAAAAUAAUUUCAAUAACAUAAUCAAGCAAAUAUGUUUGGCAGGUUGCCACUUUGAAGAAUGUGCAAAUAAAAUUUUAUCUUAGAUUAUUAUUUAAUCCCCAAGGGGUGGGUUUUUGUAUAGUUUCGGUUCUAUAACGUUUUUUUUUUUUUUGCGCUACGACUAUCAUUAAACAACAAUGGACCUAAUGCCGAAUGGUGGCGCACGUGAAACGACAAAGGGCACAAACCCACCCCUAAUCCAACAAGUAUAACUAGAAACACACACAUGCAGGGUACAACAACUUUUACGACACGCGUUGAUUUUUUAAAUUUUUCAGCGGUAACCAAACAGUCGAUUUUUAUUAAGUCAUAACUUGGUUCGUUUUAAUCUCGAUGAAGUAAUUAGAUCAGCAGCGGUUCAAUUUUUGUGUCCGAAGAUGGUAAGGAAAAAGGACGAGCACUAAAAAACGAAAUUAAAACGCAUCAGGCAAAUAAAAUUUUUAAUUAAAACAGCAAAAAGUUGCUUCGAACGAUAAUGGUUGUGUUUUUCUGAAUAUUGUCAUUAUCGACGUAGGCACUCGAUUUACGAACAAAAGCAUUAAUAAUACAUCGAUGGAAUUUUUUUUAAAUAUUAAUGUAAUUAGUGGGAGAUAAGAGAAAAACGUUAUGGUAAAGGGUCACUAAACAACAUUCUAAACGCUUGACUAAGAGACCUGAAAAUAGGGUACUUGCACAUUUCUGAAUUAUAUUUUCUUUCGAAUUCAAACGACUUAGUUUUUGAUAUAUUUGCAUGAAAACAACUCAUCAUUAUCAUAACAAAUUUCAAAUUAAUUUGGUGAAAAAUGGAAACAUAAGAAAAUCUUGAAAUUAUAGGAAAAAUGCAAUCUGUUGCUGGAGAAAGUUUGAAACUUUUGCAGUAAAAAAAGGAAGAAAGGUCUUUUUAUUGACGAUCCAACUUCAAAAAUUCUUGAAUAAAAAUUUUAUUAAAGUACCCUAUUGCAUGCAAGAAUAUACUCAGUUUGUAGGUAUUUUAAAUCACCUUUGGAAGCUUCUGAAAAAUACUUAAAGCGAUCAGAGGGUCUUCAAACUUCUAGGAUUUAUUAAGUAGGGUGCUUUUUUCAAACAAAACCAACCGCGAGUGAAUCUCAGGUUCAGAUAUGGAAUUAUGAUUGUUUUUUCACUUUAAUGCAAAAAAAACAUGUAAAAAUUGCUAUCACUUUGGAAGCUUCUGAAAAAUACUUCAAGCAAUCAGAGUGACUUCAAACUUUCAGGAUUUAUUGAGUAGGCUCUUUUUUCUAAUAGAACAAAUCGGGAAUAGAUCCAGUGGCGGGUACAGUGGGGAGGGGCGAUUGCCCCCCCCCCCCUUUUUAAAAUAAAAUAAUAGAAUUUAAAAAAAAAAAGAAAACAAAACCAUAUUUUAAGUUCAAGAAUGUUUAGAAAGCUGGAAACCUAUAAAAAAAAUCACACUUUUAUCUUUGUCUCAAGAACUUUAACCAUAUUCAUACAAAAUCAUUGAGAUUAUGUACAGGGUAUUUUUUUAUAUAUUAACAUUUCACCUAUAACAUUUACCUUUAUAGGUAGAUGAAAGGUGUAAAUACAAAAGUUGUAUAGUAUUGGCUAAAUUUUUAAAAUCCAUGAUCAAAAACAAAAAUUUAAUGUCAGAAAUGUGAAAUAUUGCAUGCUUUCAGCUUUUUUCAAAUGGGAUGCGCUAUAUGUAUUUGAUUCUAUAUUCUUGAAGAACACAAUUUCCCGAUUCCAAAACUAUAUACCUAGUGUAGUAUAACAUACCCGGGUUCGUUCAGUAAGAUUGAACGAUGAGAAUUUUUGUUACCUUUCAAAUAACAAAUCUUCUGAAAAACGAAAUGAAAAACAAAUAGGACCUACGUUGUGGAUACUUACUCAAUUUUGCUUACUGGACAUGCGCCCGACAUAGCAAAUAUUAGGAAAAUUUAAGGGAGGUUGUGAUAUGUAAAAGAAACGAAAUAUUUGUGAAACGUCUACUUUAUUAUUGAAGUAAAUUGUACCGUUCUCAUCCUGGAACUAACGAGGGGAAAGAGCACGACAGAGAAACUCUCGAUCUAACAUUCCUCAAAAAUCGGAACAUACUGUGUAAUUUUAAUAAAAAUUGUGAGUCAAUAAAAAUUGAAUUAGGUACUAUCCUUUGUCUUUGUGCUAGAACUUUAAUUACAGACACAACAUUCAAUCAACACUACCUAUAUUCAAUACUGAAGAGUUUUUUGGUUAGUUAGCCAGUUUCCCAACAGGUACUGAGGUCCCAUACGGGAAGCUACUCAGCUAUAAUUUUUUUUUUGAGCCAAUAUCUCUGGAUUGAUUAUUUUAAUUUGUUAGGAUAUUCUCUCGUCAGGGUAGAAAAAUGUUUGUAAAUUCAAC